ACAUUCAUAUGCUAAUGAAUCUCUGAGCUUUCAUCCAUCUACUAGCGAGAGAGAAAGAGCGAUAGAUAGAGAGAGGGAGAGAGAGAGAGAGAGAGAGAGAAGACAGAAAUGAUUCACAUGAUUCACAGAAGAAGGGACAGACCCUGGCUAUAGAAGUGGAGAGUGACAGAUGAGAGAAAAACAGAGAGAAAGAGAGAAAAAGAGAGAGAGCUAGAGAGAAAGAGAACAAGAGGGGACAAGGACAGUGAGAAACUACUGCAUUCAUAAUACUGUUGAGAACGUGGAGGAAUAUUGAAACAGAACGAGAGACACAGAGAGAGAGAGAGAGAGAGAGGGAUGCAGAGGAUAGAAGUGGGAGUGCUCCUUAUCUUGUCACUCGGGGGAGACCACUGAGAGUUACAGAGAGAGAGAGAGAGAGAGAGGGAGGGAGCGAGAAGAGAGAGAGGGAGCGAGAAAAGAGAGAAGGAGAGAGAGCUCUCUGCUUCUCACAUGGUUGCACAGCAGGCAUUUCCUCUCGUCUUAAGCUGCGCACAACUCGACGGGGAUCUACGACGAGCGAAAAUAAAACUUGGAUACAUCGCCCUCCUAGCAGUCUCGGAAAAGAACCGGCUUGUGGAACGUGUGUGUGUGUACUUGUGCAAGUGAGUGAGUGAGAGAUAGACUGAUAGACAGUCAGAGGAAGAGAGAGAGAGAAGGAGAGACCAAAAGAGUGGGAGAGCCUUGACGAGUCGACGUUGCCGGUUGGACUUGUCGGCUUGUGGGCAGGAGGGUGAGUGGACGCCCGGUGAAGCAUGCUGCAGACCAUUUACGAGAGCGAGUCGCGCAUCCCUUCUGACUGGCUGCGGAAAAUCUUGGAUGCGCACACCAUGCCUAGUAGUGUUAUCGGCUCAGGCGUGAGUGCGGAGCUUCUAGCGGCGGCCGCUGCCGUGAGCAGCAGCAGUAACAGCGGUAACAGCGGCGGCAUUGGCGGCAGCGCCCUCGUCGCCAUGGGCACGGGCAGCACGGCCGGCACCAACGGCAGCAGCAACGGCAACCUCGGUAACAUCGGGAACAGCAGCAGCGGCGGCAGCAGCAGCAACGGGAGCAUGGAGGAAGGGGAGAUGCACGGCGGCGGCGGCGGCGGCUGGGAGCGCGAGCCCGAGGAGUGGGAGCAGGAGCUGCAGCGCGAGCUGCUCCUCAUCCAGCGCCAGCAGUACAUCCAGAAGCAGCUGCUCAUCUCCGAGUUCCACAAGCAGCACCAGAACCUGCUGAGGCAGCACCAGGCCCAGCUGCAGGAGCACAUCAAGCUGCAGCAGGCUCUCCUGACCCUGCGUCAGCAGCAGGAGUUGCUGGCGGAGGAGCGUCGGCAGGAGGCCGAGGAGGAGCGCGAGAGGGAGGAGCAGCUGGAGGAGGAGCGCGAGCAGGAGCUCCACCGGAUGGAGCAGCACCACCAACAGCACCAACACCAACAGCACCAACAGCACCAACACCAACAGCAGCAACAACAACAACAACAACAACAGCAACAACAACACCUCCUCAAUCAGCACAGGAAGAAGGAGCGUAGCAGAGAGAGCAUGAUCUCCAGCACUCAUGGUGCCAUGGCCAGCACCGAGGUCAGACAGAAACUUCACGACUUCCUGUUGAGCAAAUCGGCGAAGGACCUCUCGCCCAACGGCACCGGUCACCCCUCCGCCCACCGCCCCAAGAUGUGGUACAUGGCCACCCAGCACAUGUCAGUGGAGCAGCAGAGCUCCCCUCCGCUGGGAGAGACCCCCCCCACCUUCAAAUCCCCCCUCCCCACCAGCAUGGACGGCAAGGAUGACUUCCCCCUCAGGAAAACUGCCUCUGAGCCCAACCUGAAAGUCCGCUCCAGACUGAAGCAGAAGGUGGCGGAACGCCGGAGCGGUCCAAUCCCGAGGAGGCGUGACGGGAGUGUUCUGGUCACCCCGCACAAGAUGCGCACCCUCGAGCUCAAUGACUCCUCGGCCAAUGACAGCUCUCCAGGCUCCGGACCCAGCUCUCCUAUUGGCUACUGUGGCGGGGACAAUGCGUCGUCAUACCGACCCAGCGCGGUCCAGAUAGAGCGCUGCCUAUCCCAGACGGGCAUCCUGAACGCUGAGGGCUCCAUGGCGCUGCUGAACCUCUACACGUCCCCCUCGCUGCCCAACCUCACCCUGAGCCUACAGUCCGGCGCCUCCCCCAUCAGCGCUGCGACAGCGCUGAAGGAGAGAGCGGCAGAGGGCAUGUCCCGCCAUUCCCUGGGCGCCGUGCCACCCGUCUCCCUGGAAACCAAAGUCAACCACAGCCACCAGGCCCUGCUGCAGCACCUCCUCCUGAAGGACCAGAUCAGGCAGCAGAAGAUCCUCUCACCUGUUGCCGGCAGUGUCCCCGUCAUGCCCUUGUCUCCCCUGGUGAUGAAGGAGCGCUCCGCUCCCAGCUCGCGUCCCAAGCUGCCGCGCCACCACCGGCCCCUGAACCGGACCCAGUCGGCGCCACUGCCCCAGAGCACGCUGGCCCAGCUCGUCCUCCAGCAGCAGCACCAGAACUUUGUGGAGAAACAGAAGCAGUACCAGCAGCAGGUCCACCUCAACCAGAUUCUGUCGCAGUCCAUCGAGCACCUCCGCCACCCCAGCGCUCACCUGCAGGAGGAGGACGAGGAGAGCAGCCUGCAGGAGCCCCGGGCCGAGUGCGCCACGCUGCCCUCUGGUGGCGUCAUCCGGCACCACAGCCUGAGCAGCCGCAGCAGCAGCAGCAGCACCAGCUCCUCGUCCGCGGGCAACGGCAACGGCGGCAGCAGCCGGACCAGCAUGGACAUCGAGCCCAGCGAGGCCCAGAUCGCCGCCGCCGCCGCCAUCGCCAUCGUCGCCGUCAAGGUGAAGGAGGAGCCCUUCUCCGACGCGGAGGAGCAGAUGGAGGAGGAGGAGGGGGGGAGGGCGGGGAGCGCGGGGCCCAGAGAGGGAGUGGACGCAGAGUUCAAGGGUCAACUGAGGGAGGUGAAGACGGAGGACUCGUCGGCCAUGACCGAGGACUGA